AUGGACCAAGCUGAGUAUUGGUUUUCUCGAAGAGGGAAUAUGUAUGGAUCAAUUGGAUCAAAGGGAGCGAAACCAAAGGGGGAAUGCAUGCCGACUGGAUAUAUUGAUAAUGGAAUUACACGUCGAUGGAAAGCGAAAGAAGAAGAAGAGGAGGAGGAGGAGGAGGAGGAGAAGAGAGAUGAAGAAUUAUUGAAUGAAUGA